AAUCGGAUCAUUCUAAUUGGUGGAGAGACUCUGGACGCACUCUGAAGCAAAUGGCUGGUAUCACCAGCACCGUCGGAUUCAACGCCAUUCUCGCCGGAGCCACCAAAACGGUGUCGCAUCCUUCACCCUCUGUUAAAUCUAAGCUCUUUGGUCUUCGACUCUGUCUGGCCGAAUUGUCAAUUGUUUCUCUUUCCCCUUAUCAUCAUCACCGUUGCCCCGCCAUCACCUGCCGUUACGGAGGCGGUGGUGGCGGAGGAGGCGGAGGGUCUAGAUUUCCCGGCGAUAGGAGAGGUAGGCAAAAAGAAUCCGAGGAUGAUGAUGAUUCGCUUGAUAUCUCAGCUAUUAGGUCAGCAACUGUUAGGCUUAUUGAUGAUCAGCAGAACAUGAUUGGUUUAGUUUCCAAAGACGAAGCGGUUCGAAGAGCUGAAGAUGCUGAGCUUGAUCUGGUGAUUCUUUCGCCGGAUGCAGAUCCUCCAGUUGUCAGAAUGAUGGAUUACAGUAAAUACAGAUAUGAGCAGCAAAAGAGGAAAAAGGAACAGCAGAAGAAAACUACUCGCAUGGACUUGAAGGAGCUUAAAAUGGGUUAUAACAUCGAUCAACAUGAUUAUUCUGUACGCAUGAGAGCAGCCCGGAAGUUUUUGCAAGACGGUGACAAGGUUAAAGUGAUUGUGAACAUGAAAGGCCGAGAAAACGAGUUCAGAAAUAUUGCUAUUGAGCUCCUCAGACGUUUUCAGACUGAAAUAGGAGAGCUUGCGACUGAGGAGAGCAAAAACUUUCGGGACAGAAAUUUGUUUAUUACCUUGGUGCCAAACAAAGAAGUUAUUCGGAAAGUGCAAGAACCACCCCCAAAAAAGAAGAAAAAGCCAGCGGAUGAUGAAGUUUCAGCGGCAGGUAUAACUGCAACGCAAGAUACAUGAUGCGGAAUUGUCUGAUAUCAAACUAAUCACCGGAUAAGGAUCGGAGCGCUAGGCACAAUUGUCUAUAUUUUAUCUGGUAAAUGUUCAGGGAGUUUGAUAAAUUUCUGUAUAGUUCCUUUUCUAAUAUGCUUCUUGUAUUUCCUUGUAUCUGUAACCAUAGAAAUAGAUUAUUUGAAUGAAGAUCUUCGUCAACUUUUUUGUA